CCCACACAAGCCAACCAUAGGCUGGACGGCUAGCCGUCUCUUCUCCCACUUGCCACCUAUUAUGCCGAGCUUGGGGCCUGGGCGUCAGACAGAAGUUCCACGACUGCGCAGAGCCCUCACCGGACUGAAACUCGCUGACAAACUCGCGCGAUACAAAGGAACUACCCAAGAUAGUCAUAUCGGGCCUCAAAGUCGCGGGAAUCGUCCUCGGAUCUCUACCGCUCGUCAUUUCGGCACUCGAGAACUAUAGCCAAGGUCUCUCGGCAUUGCAGCGGUAGCGGAAAUACCAGCGCGAGCUGCAGAAUCUCAUCCGAAAUCUCCAGACGGAACGCAUCAAACUCCAGAAUGUUUGCGAGAAGCUGCUCGUUGGGCUGGUGCCACCCUCCAGGAUUGAAGACAUGAUAGAAAACCCGUUCGGCGACCCAUGGCGCGAAGAGACGGACCGUAAGAUCAGGAUCCGGCUCUGGGUGUCCUUUGCCGUUUUCGAGGCCACCAUUGGAGAGAUGAGGACCGCUAUCGACGAGAUGAAGAGGAGAAUCGACGGUCAGCGCGAUGGAAAGGUAUCGGAGCUCAGCCGCGGCGUCUUUACGCUCAGGAGGUCUACCUACGAGGACCUUCUCAAGACCAUCAGAGACAACAUGUCCAACCUCGAGAAUCUCACCGACAGGAAUAUUGAGCUCGAACCAACUCGGCGAGUGCGUUCCCAGGGAAAGCUCCUAAAAAUUCUGCGGGACAUGUCAGACAGCUUCUACAGGGCUCUGCGGUCGAGCUUUAACUGCAGCUGUGAACAUGACAUUGGCUUGAGUCUCGAGAGGCGAUCCGCCGAUAUUACGCCCCUAGAUGAUGACGACACAGUUGCCAAAAAGAUCGCAUUGCAGAUUGCCGUCUCAUACAAGAUGUACGACGUGUUCAAGGCUCCCAGCACGGAAACCAACACCACCAGCAAGCACAUGGUCCGCCGUCUCCCUGCGCAACAUCAUCGAGCACAAGGACCGCCACCCUCCGCUAACCUACCGCGACCGCCUCCGCCUCACCGUCGUCGUCUCCUCCAGCGUGCUGCAGCUACACGACACGCCGUGGCUCCCCGAGACGCUCACCAGCCGCCACAUCUUCUUCCUCAAGAAGCACGACUUACCCCUAUACGGCCACCCGAUCCUGAUCAGCCACCUGCCAGACAGCGCCGCGCUUCCCCCACCACCGCCGCCAUCAGCGAACACCAUCCCAAUAGAGCGCAACCCGACACUACUAGCCCUGGGCUACCUGCUAAUCGAACUAGCACUAGGCACGACGCUCGACGCGCUGCACGCGGGGCUGAGCCUGUCGGCAGUGUCGGCGGCGUCGGGGCCCAUGGCCGAUUACAUUGCCGCGCAGACGGCGCUGGACCGCGUGCGCAUGGCGAGCUCGAGCUACGAGGCGACCGUCGCGCGCUGCAUGGACGGUGACUUGCACCGGCGCGGCACCGGCAGCGGCAGCCGUGGUCUCGACGACGAGGACGUGUGUCAGGGCGUGUACUUGGGUGUCGUGGCGCUGCUGGAGAGGGACUUGGAGAUGGCGUGAUGUAUGUUGUUAGAUUAGAC